AUGCACCCGAUAGGAGGCAACAAUGGAGCGGACCUUACACAGCUGCAGCGGGAAUACCGCAACAUGGAGCUCAACCGCAAGGUGUAUGCGGACGAGAGUCACCAAGUGAUGCGCAGACAGCAAACGGUGAUCGAGAAACUCCGCAAGGACAAUGAAGAGAUGAAAGCCGAGUUGACGCUAGCUGAGCGUCACAUCAAUGAAGGCGCCGUAGCUCAGCAACAGGAGCAUAUUGCCCGUUUGCAGGACCAGAUCGACAACUACAACCGCAAAAAUGUGGCAGAGGCAAAAAGGUUGGAAACUCUGACGCAACAGAUCCAAGUCAUGAGACACAAAGUAUUGCACCAAAAGAAACACAUGGGUGGCGUCAAUGCGGCAAAGGAAAACCAGCAAAUGAUAAGCAAGCAAAUUCGCAUCCUCGAAAACCGACUGGACAAGUCACUAGUAAAAUUCAACGAAGCACUUGCACAGAAUAAAGUUCUGCGUGAAGAAAUUGACAAUUUGAGGCGGGAACGAGUUGUAUUUGACACAAUUUACCGCAAACUUGAACGUGAACAUGGAGACAAGAAACGACAAAUGGCGCAAACUAUCGAACUCAGUAACCAAGCUUACGAACAGCGCGACGCCGCACAACUCGAGCUUCGAAGUCUUCAAGAGGAAAACCGUGCUGAGCUCGACGCGCAUCGUCGAGCCUUGACCGAGCUGAUGGAAAGACUUGAGGAGAGUAAAAUACUCGCAGACACAACAAACUAUCGACGCGGGGCGUCCUCGGCUGGAGGCGCUCCUGGCGCAUCCUCCGAUUACGCUGGCAACAUGUCAAGGGAGGAAGAGAAUGAGAUGAAGCGUAAAGUGCAAAAAGGGACGUGGGGUGUGGCAAAGGAAAAGGUGCAUGUUCAGGUUUCCAUCGAACGUGUGCAAAAUUUCGAAGAGGCGUUUAUGAAGAUCAAAGCGGCAACACGAAUCGACGAUCUGGAGCAACUCGUUACGUCGUUUAUCAAAAAGGAAGACCAGAAUUUUUCACUUUUUAACUAUGUCAACGAACAAAGCAACGAGAUUGAGAAACUCGAGGAAUGGAUCGCAGCGCUACGUGAUGAAGAACGUCGUUACGGCGACGGAGCCAAUGGAGUUGCAGAUGAAAAUGGUGUUGGCCAACACAAGCAAUUGCUACGUGACUUGGAAACUCGACUUGCACUCACGGAACAAGCAGCUGAAAAGUGUGAGACUCGUUGUGCAGAAGCUCAGAAGACAGUGAACACUGUCAAACGUGCAAUCCAGAACUUGUUCACUAAAACUGGAUGCAACGCACAAGCCAUGGUGGAGAUGUUGGGCGAUUCGGUAGUCACGGAAGCGAACAUGAUGGCUUACUUGGGUGUCAUUGAGCAGAAAACCAAUGAGAUUUUGCACCAGUACGCAGCAGUUGUCACUAGGCAACAGGCAGAUGCCCAGAAGAGCAAACCUACCAGUGAUGCCUAUGAUCGCGAAUCACAGUUUGCAGCGGCAGUUGGAGCUGCAGGCGGCACGAACGGGGCUGUGGCGACUUUGCAUUCGAUCCUUGGGGUCGGUCCGAUUGCACCAAUGGGUCAGGAACCGCUACAGAUCAACCCGCCAAACCUCGACGAUUAUUCCUCCGAGGGUGAAGAUAGCGGAGAUAAUGACGACGCGAUGCAUCCUCUCACACGAGACGAACUCAAAGUGCGUACACUCAAGGGCAUGCGGCGUCUUAACCAUGCAAAUGUUCCGCAACCAGGAAUUGGCAACAAUGCCAAUUUCAAUGCCAAACGUGCCGCAAAUGCAACUUUUGCAACAUCCACAAAGCUCCGGAAAUAA